AUGUCAAAACUAGAGUCGUCAAUAAAGACUACAAGCACUAACGAGAAAAGUCCAAAUUAUCAAAUGAGAUUAUUUAUUGUUGGUGAAAUAUAUUCAACUGAAUUAAGUUAUUUAAAACAUUUGAAAAAAUUGAGAAAAUUGUUUAUGGAACCAUUUGAAGAAGCUUCGAAAACCCCAAAUCCAUUAGUAAAUCCUAAACUUAUACCGACAAUUUUUGCUUAUAUAGAUGAUUUGAUAAAAUUGUCAAACGAACUAGUUAAAUCAAUGAGGUUCUCACCAUUCCCAUCAUCCAAUAAUCUACAAUACAUUUAUAAUAACCAUAGGCUAGGUCAAACAUUUCUAAGAUAUUAUAAAGAUUUUGAUAUUUAUCAAAAAUAUGCAAAAAAUCAUCGAAAAAGCAGGAAUGCUAUCAAGAAAGCAAAUAAAAAUGUUCUAUAUAGAAAAUUUGUUCAGCAAUCUUUAAAUAAAAAAGAAACAAAUCGUCUAACUAUUUCUGAUUAUAUGAUAAUGCCAAUACAACGUGUUACCAGAUAUUGUCUAUUACUUCAAAAAUUAAAAGAAUAUACACCAAAAUCUCACAUAGAUUAUAAUGAUAUAUGUAAAUCAUUGGACAAUAUGAUUUCAUUGGCUAGUAUUUGUAAUAAUAACAUUAAAGCUACGAAGUAA